AUGUCUUCAAUACUCGCUAACGUGUCGGGGUUUGACAAUGGAGACGGUGCCAAAACCGCCUUUUCCGAGGGUUUUUCCGCGACUCCAAUUCAUUAUAAUGUUGAUUUGGGGACUGCUUGUGGAAAGUACUUUCGUGUUUCGUGCCUAAGCAUCGUUGAUCCAGGUGACUCAGAUAUCAUUAAGUCAUUGCCCGGCGAACACUGA